CUGAUACGCUGUCGUUUUAUUGUCUCUCUCAUCCCCCUGACAUUUCCGUUAUUAUUUUCAAUUUAAAUCGAUGCAUUCCAUCCAUUUUUCGAGUUGAAUUGGAUUUCUAUAUACGUAUGUAUAUACGCGUAUCAGGUAUUUAUAUACAGUUGGAUCAAGGAAUCGAAUUGAGCUUUCUUUAUCAAAAGAAAACCCUAGUUAUUCAGAUAAAGAUGAAAUGUUGAGUUGUAUUUUGUCAAAAGGAUCGAAUUUUUCAUCGGAUCUGUCAAUAUAUAUAUAACUGUAUAUACCUACAAAUGGCGGAUCUAGAAGAGGAGGAUUUGAAGAUGGCGUUGAGAAUGAGCAUGCAGCAGCACGAAUCUCCGGAGCCGAAGAGGAGCAAACCGGAGGAUGACUCCGGAGAAACUCCAGAGGAAUCACCGGAAGUAAAGAAUCGACGAUUGCAGCGAGAAUUGAUGGCCGCUGCAGCAGAGAAGAGGAUGUCGGCAACCAAAAGUUCUGCGGCAUCUGUUCUGAAGAGCGCGGAGAGUGUGAAGGAAGUGAAAAUUAGUGGUUCUGAAGAUGAGGGAAAGGAUAAGAUUGUUAAUUUGGAGAAAUGCAAGGACAAGAUUGGGAAUUUGGGGACAGAGUUAUCCUCGGUGGAAGCAAACCAUCUAUUUGCUAUGAUAUUUGGGAAUGAAGUUAGUAAAGAUGUUCUUGCACAGUGGAGUAAUCAGGGCAUUAGGUUUAGCCCUGAUCCAGAAACAUCUAUGGGGCUCGUGCAGCAUGAAGGCGGGCCUUGUGGUGUGUUAGCAGCCAUACAAGCUUUUGUACUCAAAUAUCUUCUAUUUCCUUCAGAGGAAUCUGAAGUUGCGCCGAACAUGUCAACAAGUUUGGGUUUGAGAAGAGUGUCCAAGAAUGAAUAUGUCACGGGAGAUAUUUUUUCAUCUCUUUCCAAAGACAAAAAAUCAAGAGCCUUGGUGAGGAGUAUGAGUGAGAUACUCUUUCUAUGUGGAAGUAAUGAAAAAACUGUAAUAUCAACCCUAAAUAUUCUUGAUGGUGAUAUUGAGGGGUCUGUUGAAUGCCUGGAGGAUGAGGCUAUUGCAAAAGCACUUGAAGAUCUUUCAAUUGAUUCUGGCUCAGACUUGCGGAAGGUACUGAGAGUUCACACAUGCACUUCGCGCUCAAAUGCAUUUCAGAAGCUUCGAUUAAUGCUCCCUGCUUUCCGUAGUCGUAUGGGAGCAUUGCUUUUUCUAAUAUCUGCCUUGCUUUCUAGAGGACUGGACAACGUUCAAACAGAUAGGGAUGACCCCAGUCAACCAUUGGUAACUGCUCCAUUUGGGCAUGCAUCACAGGAAAUUGUAAACCUACUGCUUUCUGGAAAAGCUGCUGCUAAUGUGUUUGAUGGGAGGAUGGACUUAGGCGGUGGCAUGUUUGUGAAUGGCAUCUCUACACCUGUGGAAGUUGGAUUCCUCACUCUGCUAGAGUCCCUCAAUUUUUGUAAGGUUGGCCAGUAUCUGAAAUGUCCAAGGUGGCCAAUAUGGGUAGUGGGAAGUGAAUCUCAUUAUACGGUGUUAUUUGCUCUUGAUAACAAAGUCCAGGACGAAAACGAACUUGAAAGUAGAGAAUCACAAAUCCGGAGAGCAUUUGAUGCCCAAGACCAAAGUGGAGGUGGUGGGUUCAUUAGUGUGGAAGGCUUCCAUCAAGUCCUAAAAGAAACAAGCAUUAACCUUCCGUCUGAGAAGCUUGAGCAUCUAUGUGGCAUGGGUUUUAUUGUCUGGAGUGAAUUUUGGCAGGUUCUCUUGGAUAUAGACAAGAGUUUAGGUGGUGUGAAGGAUUCGUCUGGAUUGAUGGGUAAGAAGGUCUUUGAUCUUUACCACUUUAACGGGAUAGCAAAAUCAAUUGUGAACGGCAGCCAGGCAUCAUCUGGAGCUGAAAAUCCGAUACAACGACCUAGACUAACAAAAUUGAGAGUUUCAGUUCCCCCAAGGUGGACGCCAGAGGAAUUUAUGGCAAAUGUAUCAGCAGCGCCUUCUGGCGAGAAACAGAAUUCGGUUGAAGUAUCUAAACCUGAGCCUGCUCAACAUGCGCCGUUGGUCGACUGCAUUAGAACUCGCUGGAAUCGUGCGGUUUGCAAUUGGGAAGGGGAUGCACCUAGUAUUGUCUGAUUGAAGUAAUUAGUUUAUGUGCAUUGUUGGUGUGGGAUAUGGACAAGCAUAUCGUUUAGGUGUGAAGAGAGCUGACGCUAUUUGAGAUAAGGAUUUCCAAAACCAGCAAGAGUAGGUGUAACCCCCUUCAAUUUUCCAUCUGAAACACAGGUUUAGCUUUAAUGCUGUAGCAUUUACAGUCCAAUUUGAUUUAAAACAUAUCCAAUUCAAAGGAUUGUGAAUAUUUUUACAUAAUACAUUUUCUUGUGUAACUUUUGGACUACAUUCAGCUUUGGUUAUUGAUUAUGAAGUUCUUUUAAAUAGGUCAGGAUUUGUUGUAACUAAAAAUAUCUCCCCCAGCCCUUAUAACUGUGAUGUCUCUUUACACAUGUAAGCCCUUUUACAAGUUUUUAGCA